AAUUAAAGACAGAGCACGCUAAAAUGAAGGUAAUAAUAGAUUCUCAGCCCAAAUUACAGCUCGCAACGCAACCAAACUCCUACUUCUCUUCUGUCUUUACGCUUUACCCUUUCUCUACAGUGUUUCACCCAUUCCUUCUCACGUCAACGCUUUUUUUUCAUCCUAAUCUGUUGGCUGCUUGCUUUGUUCUUUAGUAAAAAUCUGUAAAAAAAAAAAAAAAAAAAAAAAACCAACAAAAGAAAAACCCCUUUAUUAUGUGUAUGUCGCAUCCAUCUAGACGACAUUGUAGCCAUAACCCUUUACUCUCUAAUCACAAGAGUCUCAAGCUUUCGUCUUUCUGUAAUAAAUAAACACUAAAGCACCCAUUUCCAGUCUUUUCUUUGCUUUGCUUGAUGGGUGUGUUUCUUUUUGCUUUUUUAAAUUGAGCUUUUUUUUUUUUGGAUGAGAAUGUAAAUGGGUUCCUUGGAAAGUGGGAUUUCAUUGAAGAGAGCUGGUAGUAGGACCGAAAGGAACCCUUUUUUAAGCCGACCGAGAUCGAGAUUUUCUCGUUUUUGGCUUUUCAAGAAACUAGAUUAUAUCCAAUGGAUUUGCACAGUUGUUGUUUUCCUCUUCUUUGUUGUGUUUUUUCAGAUGUUUUUACCUGGUUCAGUAAUGGACAAAUCUCAAGAUUCCUAUUUGGAUAAUAACGAUUUGGUUUUUGGAGAAUUGAGGUACUUGAAAGAGAUUGGUGGGUUAGAUUUUGGUGAAGAUAUCAGAUUAGAACCAUGUAAACUCUUAGAGAAAUUUCAGAGAGAAAAUAAAGAAGUCAAUUUGAAAUCUCCAUCUGGUUUCAACCGGAGUCAACAUCGUUUCCAAUAUAGAAAGCCUCAGCUUGCAUUGGUGUUUGCUGAUCUACUGGUUGAUCCACAACAAUUGUUAAUGGUGACCGUUGCAACUGCAUUGAGAGAGAUUGGUUAUGAAAUUCAGGUCUACUCCCUUGAAGAUGGUCCUGUGCACAAUGUUUGGCAAAGCAUAGGAGUUCCAGUCACCAUUCUUAAAGUCAACCCCAAUGAGAUUGGUGUUGAUUGGCUGAACUAUGAUGGCAUACUUAUCAGCUCUCUUGAGGCCAAGAGUGUCUUUUCUAGUUUUAUGCAGGAUCCUUUCAAAUCUAUUCCACUUAUAUGGACCAUCCAUGAAAGAGCUCUUGCUUUUCGUUCUAGAAAAUACACUUCAAGUGGGCAGAUUGAGCUUGUGAAUGAUUGGAAAAAAGUUUUCAACCGUGCUACUGUUGUUGUCUUCCCAAACUAUUUACUUCCGAUGAUUUACUCUGCUUUUGAUGCUGGAAACUAUUAUGUAAUUCCUGGUUCUCCUGUGGAAGUAUGGAAAGGAGAGAAUGUAAUGAAUUUGUUCAAAGAUAAUCAGCGUAUGAAGAUGGGUUAUGGACCGAAAGAAGUGCUCAUUGCAAUUGUUGGAAGUCAAUUUAUGUACAGGGGCUUGUGGUUGGAGCAUGCCCUUAUUUUACAGGCUUUAUUACCACUCUUUGCUGACUUUUCAUCUGAUAAUAGUUCUAAUUCCCACCCCAAAAUAAUUGUUUUAAGCAGUGAUUCAAUAAGCAACUACAGCAUGGCUGUUGAGAGAAUUGCUCUUAACUUAAGAUACCCAAGUGGUGUAGUGAAGCAUGUAGCUGUUGAUGCCGAUGUUGAUAGUGUUCUGAGCAUGACUGACCUUGUGAUAUAUGGCUCAUUCCUUGAGGAGCCAUCAUUUCCAGAACUUUUGAUAAAAGCCAUGAGCCUUGGGAAACCAAUCAUAGCACCAGAUCUCUCCCACAUUAGGAAAUAUGUUGAUGACAGGGUAAAUGGCUAUCUUUUUCCUAAGGAGAAUAUUAGAGUUUUGACACAGAUCAUAUUGCAAGUGAUACCAAAAGGAAAAUUGUCAGCAUUGGCACUCAAUAUUGCUUCAAUUGGGAGAGGAACUGUUAAAAACUUGAUGGUCCAGGAAACUGUUGAAGGCUAUGCCUUGCUACUGGAAAAUGUUCUCAAGCUUCCAUCAGAAGUUGCACCUCCUAAGGCUGUUAUAGAACUUCCUUCAAAGUUGAAAGAAGAAUGGCAGUGGAAUCUAUUUGAGGAUUUUCUAAAUUCUACAUUUGAAGAUAGGAGUUCCAAAUUUUUAAACAAGUUAGAGGAGCAGUGGAACCAUUCUCCAAGAGAGAAGUUUGGUUCAUUAAUUGCUAUGAAUGAUUCAUUUUCAUAUGAGAUUUGGGAGGAAGAAAAAAAGAUGCAUAAUAUCAAUAUUAAAAGGAGACGAGAGGAGCAAGAGUUGAAAGAUAGAACUGAUCAACCUCGUGGUACCUGGGAGGACAUAUAUCGAAAUGCCAAGAGGGCAGACCGUGCAAGGAAUGACUUGCAUGAAAGGGAUGAAAGGGAGCUUGAAAGGACUGGUCAACCAUUGUGUAUUUAUGAACCCUACUUUGGUGAAGGAACAUGGCCUUUCCUGCACCGAAACUCUCUUUAUCGUGGAAUUGGAUUGUCCACCAAAGGUCGAAGACCUAGGAUGGAUGAUGUUGAUGGACCUUCUCGUCUGCAACUUCUUAACAACCCCUACUACCGAGACACUCUUGGCGAAUAUGGGGCCAUCUUUGCCAUUGCUAACCGGAUUGACCAUCUACACAGGAAUGCCUGGAUAGGGUUUCAGUCGUGGAGAGCAACAGCUAGGAAGGCAUCCUUGUCUGAAAUUGCUGAAACAUCAUUGUUAGAUGCCAUAGAAAAGCGCAAACAUGGUGAUGCACUAUACUUUUGGGCAAGAAUGGACAUGGAUCCAAGAAACAGCUUGCAACAGGACUUCUGGUCAUUUUGUGAUGCUAUAAAUGCUGGAAAUUGCAAGUUUGCAUUCUCUGAGACUCUUAAAAGGAUGUAUGGCUUAAAGCAUGAUUUGAAUUCUUUGCCACCCAUGCCUGAAGAUGGAGGCACAUGGUCUGUCAUGCAGAGUUGGGCUUUGCCAACAAAGUCCUUCCUAGAGUUUGUUAUGUUUUCAAGGAUGUUUGUGGAUGCAAUAGAUGCACAAAUUUAUGAUGAGCACCAUCAAAGUGGUCACUGUUAUCUGAGUUUCUCAAAGGACAAACAUUGCUACUCACGGGUGCUUGAGCUACUUAUAAAUGUUUGGGCAUAUCAUGGUGCACGCCGGAUGGUAUAUGUGAAUCCUGAGACUGGUGCGAUGCAAGAAUACCACAAGUUCAAGGGUCGGAGGGGUCAAAUGUGGGUCAAAUGGUUUUCAUUCAAUACUUUAAAGGCCAUGGAUGAGGAUUUGGCCGAGGAGGCGGAUUCUGACCACCCAAAAAGACGAUGGUUAUGGCCAUUAACGGGUGAGGUUGUCUGGCAAGGUGUACUUGAGAAAGAGAGAAAUCUCCGGAACCGACAGAAAGAGACAAGGAAGCAAAAAAGUAAGGAUAAACUAGUGAGGAUGAGGCAUAAACACCAUCAAAAAGCAUUAGGGAAGUAUGUGAAAUCCCUGCCGGAAGAUAUGGAAAAUACGAAUUCAACUAUAGUAACGUCAAAUUAGUUUCAUAUGCGUUUUGCAUCCU